AUGACCCUAACGCUGCUUCUCAUGUUCGGCCUGAAGCAGCCAGCCUUGGGCCUCUCGCUGCCGCAGCACAGGCUGUGGGCCGGUUGUCGCUUUGCGUCGCUGUCGAUGCUGGCCCGGCGCAGCCGCCGGCGAGGCCCCGCAGCGGUCCCACGGCCGCCGCGAGUGCUGCAGCGCAGCGAUAGCGGCGUGCCGGAGAUUGCCGCGUGCCAUCCGGAGCAGUACGAUAAGCUGCUGUCCAGCAAGGUGGCGAGCAUGGUGCAGCUCGUCACCGGCGCUGUCGCCGCCGGGUCAUCGUCGGCUUCCGAGCCGCAGACGACGGAGCUGCCCGCGAUCGAGGUGUUCGAGUCGGCUCGGACGAACUUUCGCAUGCGCGCCUCCUUCCAGAUCUGGCGAGAGGGCGCGGGGCUGCACUACGUCAUGUUCAACCGAGGAGACUCGCGCACGCCUCACGAGGCGAGCGAGGAGCUGCGCGACAAGCUGAACGACGUGCGCCUCCUCACGACCUCCACGGGCGACGCGCUGGUCACGGUCACGUACAACCGGCCAAUCGGCGGAGGCGCGUGGGAGGCGGCGGCGAGGGAGCUGGCGGAGGCGCUGGGCGUGUGCGUCGUCGGCCGGUCGCGCAAGGUAGUGAUCGGGUGCGAGACGGUGGAGGAGCGGCUGUCGGUGCCGGGCCGCGGCGAGUGCGUCUACUUGCAGACCGAAGGGGCCUUCACGCAGCCAAACGCGCAGGUGUGCAGCGCCAUGCUGGGGUGGGCGGUUGACGCGACGCGCGGGCUCGACGGCUCCCGGAGCGAGCUCGACUGCGGCGACGGCCGGACAGGCUCCGACCUCUGCGAGCUCUACUGCGGCAACGGCUGCUUCACGGUCGCGCUCGCGCCAAACUUUCGGCGCGUCGCCGCGGCGCGGGGUCUCCCGAAGGCUGGGCAUGUCCAUGCUAACGGCGUCUCAAACACGCGCGUCGCGCGUCUGUCUGCCGAGGAGUUUGUCGAGGCGCUCGCCGGGGGGCGCCCCUUCCGCCGGCUGGACGAGGCCGGCGUCGAGCUCGCAUCGUGGCACAUGCUGCUCGUCGACCCGCCCCGCGCCGGACUCGACCAGACGAGCCGCGCCCUCGCCGCAACCUUCGCGCGCGUCGUGUACGUCUCCUGCAACCCGGAGACGCUGGCGCGCGACCUCGCGCAGCUGAGUGCGACGCACACCCUCACGCGGCUCGCCGCCUUCGACCAGUUCCCGUACACGCCUCACCUCGAGUGCGGCGUCGUCCUCGAGCGGCGGCCGGCACGGCCGGCGGCGGCCGGCGGCGGCGGCGCAGAGGACGAGACGCCAGCGCCUUCAUCGGAAACGCCAGCGCUGCCCUGCGAGGCGGAGGCCGCGGCUCGCCACCUCAAGGUGGGCGGCGAGGCGGCGCGGCUCGAGGCGUUCGGCCCCGUCGUCGUGGGCGAGUCGGGGCAGCUCCGCUACAUCGCCAACUGGGAGAGCAUGAGCGAGGGGGAGAGGAGCGCGGCGCAGGAGCUCCUCGCGAAGCGCAACGCCGCGCGGCUGAAGAGGCUUCGCGGCGGCGCCUUCCGGGCUGCACCGCCCCGCCGCAGCGCGCUCGCCGCCGCCGCCGCCGCCGCCCUCCCCUCCAGGCCCCUGUGGGCAGCGGAGUGCGGCGGAGCGUCGCAGCGGGCAUGCGGGGAGGGACCGCCAGAGGGGAGCGGGGAGGGGCGCGAGCCGUGGCAGAGGCAGCCUUGGGCCAAGCCCGCGUUCGCCGCCGUGGGACUCCUCUCCCUCUUCCACGGCCUUUUGCCCGCCCCGAAGCCGCCGCCGGCGCGAGGAGGAGGGCCGCGAUCGCCGCCUCCUCGGCUCAGCCUCGACGAGCCGCCGCCGCGUGCGAGCCGGAGGGACGCCACUUCGACGACGGCUGCGCUCCUCUCGUGCGCGCUGCUCGCUCCCUCCAUGCCGCGCGCCAGUAGUGCGGCAGAGUGCGACGAAGCGUGCGCGAGGCGCAUCGCGGAGCGGCGCGCGCUCUUUGAGCAGUCGCGCACGACCGCCGACCGGAGCGUGAUCCUCGAGCUCUCGCGGCAGCGGGCUGCCCUGUACAACACCACCUUUCGAGGUGCGUCGUGCGUCCCUGGGCUGCCGUGCUACUAG